AACGAAGACUGGCAGACACCAACAGUAGAAACGAUGCUUGUCGCUCUCCUAUAAAAGAAGUAAUUUUUACUUUACUUCUAAAGUAAUGGUACGACAUGAUUUCAACAUCCAGUCCAUCCAUUGAUGCAUCACAGCUACUAUUAAACACAACGCUUGAUUCAUGUGCACUUAAAUAUGACGAAUUUGUAAUACCAAGCACAGUUCCUUAUUGCAAUUGGACAUGGGACAAUAUCCUAUGUUGGCCUCCAACGCCCGCUGGUACAGCGAUACGACAAAGAUGUCCUCCUGCCCACGGAAUAGAUACUACCAAGUUUGCCGAAAGAAGAUGCAGCGCCGAAGGACGAUGGGAAGGUAAACCAGGCAGCACACUUAACUCACUUGGAUGGACCAACUACACACCAUGCUACAGUCCUGAAGUUAUUCAACUGUUCAGGAAACUUUACGCGGGAGGUAGCAACGAUGAAGCAGAUAUUAAAAUAGUAAUUGCCGAGCGGACACGGACGCUAGAAAUUGUGGGAUUCAGUCUUUCAUUAACAGCGCUUAUUGUAUCGUUGGUGAUAUUCUGCAGAUUUCGAAGUCUGCGCAACAACAGAACGCGGAUUCACAAAAAUCUCUUCGUGGCCAUGGUAAUACAAGUGAUAAUUAGAUUAACAUUGUACAUCGACCAAGCAAUUAUCCGAAGCGGUAGCAAAGGAUACGGUAACGAAAGCUCUCGGCAUGGUAUAGAUAACACGCCUUACCUUUGCGAGGCCUCAUAUAUACUGCUGGAGUACGCUAGGACAUGUAUGUUCAUGUGGAUGUUCAUAGAAGGAUUAUAUUUACACAACGUGGUCACCGUCACGGUAUUCCAGGGACGCUUCCCACACACGCUAUACGCAAUGCUCGGCUGGGGAGGCCCGGUGGCACUGACCGCUAUUUGGGCUGUGACCACUGCACAAUACGUAGGCCAGCAGAAAUGCUGGUGGGGAUACAACCUAACGCCUUAUUACUGGAUUCUAGAAGGUCCAAGAUUAGCAGUAGUUCUGUUGAAUUUCAUAUUUUUACUCAAUAUCAUUAGAGUGUUAAUCGUUAAGUUGCGCCAGAGCCACACAAGUGAUGUAGAACAGGUUCGAAAAGCAGUGCGGGCGGCCGUCGUUCUAGUGCCAUUAUUAGGAAUAACCAAUAUACUUAACAUGACUGAGGCACCGUUGCACCGAACAGCGCUAGAGUUUGCACUUUGGUCGUACGUCACGCACUUCCUAACAUCGUUCCAGGGAUUGUUCAUCGCUCUGUUGUACUGUUUCUUAAAUGGAGAGGUACGAAUCGCACUGAUGAAAAGUCUCAGCGUAUAUCUGUCUAUUAGGGGACACCAUGAUUGGCCCGUUCGCAGGCCAUCAAUGUUUUCAGCAGCUUACGGGACUGCCCCGGAAACAGAAGCACCUAAUGUAGUCGAAUCAAAUCGCAGCAAAAACACCAGAACGGACAGUAAAAACUGGAUUACUCUCUGCUUCAAAGUACAAAAGGACCCAAGCCAACCUGCCCCGGAACCGGCACCACCUGAGUCAGUCAUAUUCGAUAUUUCCGAUUGAUUUUUGUUGCUUUUGAGUUUAUAUCUUAAUAGAGAAAUCACGCUUUCGAAGAUAACAACUUUCGGUUGAGAAUUUACGUCAAUCAUACAAUGGAUUGUUUGUCUUAACAGUCCAAGAAACAAAACCUUAGAAACAACUACAGAACCUAACACGAAUUAUUAUAAGCUCGAUGUACAAAAUAUGCAUCCGUAUAAUCUACCAGCUCCUUGAUGGCAUUAGGUUCAAUUGAAGACGUGAUUUCUGUUAUUUAUUUAGUGGAAUAGUGUAUAUAUCAGUUAGUUCAUUCGCUGUCCAUAAAUGAGUUUUACUGGAGUUACUGUUGAAGCAACGUUGAAAUAGUAAAAUUAUAACAGUAAUGAUAAAUUAGGGCUUUGCCAUUAUUGAUUAAUAUUUCUAUUGAAGUAAAGCAACUCCCAUUUGUAGAAAAUGUUGCUGUUUAAAGUUCAAACAAGUUGGUAUCCAAAUCUGUGAAUUAUGCGAGGCGUAAAGUUUUCGGAUUUCUAAAAAACAUAAACGAACUUCAGUGCAUUAUGUAUAUUUAUAUAUAUAUAUAAUUUUUUGGGGCCGGGAAAUAAUGGUCUCCCAUACAAAUUAAACUAAAAUUUCUGCAUAACUAUUCUAUUAAAUUUUCGUUCAUUUAGUAGCGUAGCAACGAUCGCACGGGGUCCAGCUAGUGACAUAAAAUUUGUCAAAAGGUCGCAACUAGUGAUUUUAUGAUCGCUGAUUGCUCCCUCAUCGCGAUUGCUCAUCGUUACAGCUUAGCGCUAUUGUGAUCCUCUGAAAGCUAAAUUUACAGGUUCAUAUGCGUUGUAAGGGGGUAGAGGGGCAACUACUACUACUACUACUACUAAAAAUCGGUCUACGUAGUUUAUGAACAGCCCUUAAUGAGCAUUUGCAAGCAUAUUUAAAACUAUUCUCAAUCAUCUCCAAGGGUUGAUGCAUAUAUUAUGUUACGCUCUAAGGGGAGGGGGGUCUAAGAUUUUGUGACAAGCAUUGCAUUAGGUAUAGGAAAAACGUGACGAUAGGGAGGAGGGGGUAAAUUUUUUCUCGAUGUAGCGUGACAUAAUUAAUGCAUGGACCCCAACCUGCUUGUAUAUCGAAUUAAACCACUAAUUGGCAUCUGAUACGCGAUGCUUCACAUUGUGGUUCGCUUAUUUUUCAUUAGGGUGGUCAAAAAAUUCAAAAUGCAUAA